UUUAGACUCUUGAAUCGUCUUUUGUUAGUUUUUCGAAAUGGGCUUUUUAACGUUUGCCCUGCUGGGCUUGGUAAUAGCCUUAUUGUAUAACUACUAUCACAAUACUUUUAACUACUGGAAGAAUCGUGGAGUGCCUUCUGAACGCCCUAUUCCGAUUUUUGGGAACACGAGAGGUCUUGGAAGUAAAUACCAUUUUCGUGACAUUAAUGCCAGGAUAUACAAAAAGUACAAAGGAACUACGCCAUUCGCGGGCAUGUUCAUGUUUUUCACACGAAUCGCUUUCAUAAUCGAUCUUGAUCUUGUUAAACAAGUUCUCAUUAAGGACUUCAAGAACUUCCAGGAUCGUGGAGUAUUCAAUAACGUUGAAAACGAGCCUUUAACUGGACAUUUGUUCACUCUCGAGGGCGAAGAAUGGAAAGCCAUGAGGCACAAGUUGACUCCAGUCUUCAGCUCUGGCAAGAUGAAGCACAUGUUCAGCACUGUCGUUCAGGUCAGUGAACAUUUGAUCAGCACAAUGGGUAAAUAUGCAAGUGCUGCGGCCACAGAUGGAGGCGACGUGGAGAUCAAGGAACUGUGUGCCCGGUUCACCACAGAUGUUAUUGGUACUUGUGCCUUUGGUUUAGAAUGCAACAGUUUGGCGGAUCCCAAUGCUGAAUUCCGCGCCAGGGGUCGCAUGAUAUUCGAAAGGAGGCGAAAUGUCCAGCUGCUGCAAGUCAUCGCAGCUAUCAAUAAAAAUCUCCUUAAAAUAUUUAAGAUAAAGUUCAUGCCAGAGGAACUGCAUGCGUUCUUUAUAAAUGCUGUUCGAUCAACAGUCGAUUAUCGACUGAAAAAUAACAUUAAACGGAAUGAUUUCCUUGAUCAGUUAAUACAAUUGCGUGCAGAAAAUCAGGAGGAAGCUCGUCGAGGCAAUGGAAUUGAUCUCUCAAAAGGUCUGACUAUUGAGCAAAUGGCAGCACAGGCUUUUGUUUUCUUUAUUGCCGGAUUCGAAACAUCCUCCAGCACCAUGGGCUUCUGCCUUUAUGAAUUGGCUCUACAACAAGAUGUUCAACAGCAGUUACGCGAUGAGAUUGAAAGUGUGUGCGAAGAGGUGUCCAAUGGAGAACUUACUUACGAAGCCAUGAACCAAAUGCCAUAUUUGGAGAAAGUACUUUCAGAAACACUGCGAAAGCAUUCGCUUUUGCCUCAUCUUCAGCGUAUUGCGGCAGAAGACUAUAAGGUACCUGGCACUGAUAAGAUCAUCGAGAAAGGAACAACACUCAUAAUACCUGUGCACAAUAUUCAACACGAUCCCGAAUAUUAUCCCGACCCCGAUCGUUUUGAUCCAUCACGAUUCGAACCAGAAGCUAUCAAUUCGCGUCAUCCAUAUGCCUACUUGCCAUUUGGAGAUGGUCCUCGCAACUGCAUUGGCGACCGAUUUGGCAAAAUGCAGGCCAAGAUUGGUCUUGUCUCGCUAUUGCGUAACUUUAAGUUUGGCGUAUCUGAUCGCACUGAAAUACCAUUAAUCUUUUCAAACGGCAACUUCUUAAGGAAUACUGAACAUGGCAUUCAUCUCAAGGUGGAAAAAAUUUGAAGGAAGGAAAAGAAACUUAUAUUGUAUAUGUUUAUUGUAUAUUUUGUUUAAUUCCUUAUUUUUAAUUUUAAUAAGAUGAUUUGUAAAAAUUUUUAAUUUUAUAAAUAAAGUUAA